UUUGGGCAGGGAUCGAAGCCUGGCAAGGCUUGUGGCGAGCCGUGUCACGCAGUUUCAGGCAGCCCGUGUGUGGCCGCACAGAACGGGGCAGCUCCGGCGGCAGCAGCAGAGCCGGGAUGGCGGCGCGGGUGUCGGUGCUGCCUGCCCGCAGGUGCCUGUUCGAUGACCCGGUGCAGAUCCUCGUUGCCGGUCUCCAGCCGCAGCAGGCGGUGACCCUCCGAGCCAGCCUGGUGGACGAGAGCGGGGAGCUUUUCCAAGCCCACGCUCUCUACAGAGCUGGGAGCCGCGGCGAGCUCGACCUCAGCCGCUCCCCAGCGCUCGGGGGCAGCUAUUUGGGAGUGGAGCCGAUGGGGCUGCUGUGGACUUUGCAGUCUAAAACGCCCUAUAAGCGACUGGCAAAGAGGAACGUCCUGACCCCUUUCCAUGUGGACGUGGAAGUUUACGAUGGCCACGGGGACAUGAGCCACUUGCUGGGAAAAUGCACACAUGAACGAUGGUUUUUAGGAGAGGGGGUGAAGAGGAUUCCAGUCAGAGAAGGUCGUCUAAAAGCAACCCUCUUCCUCCCUCCUGGACCUGGUCCAUUCCCUGGACUUAUUGAUUUGUAUGGAUCUGGAGGAGGUCUUGUUGAAUACAGAGCAAGUCUUCUGGCUAGCAGAGGCUUUGUGACUCUGGCUCUUGCUUACAUGGCCUUUGAAGAUCUCCCUCCUAUGCCAGAGGCUCUUGAACUCAGCUAUUUUGAGGAAGCUGUGAACUUCCUGCGGAAACAGGAGCAGGUGAAAGACACUGGGAUUGGUGUUUUGGGCUUGUCUAAAGGAGGUGAUCUAGCCCUUUCCAUGGCCACAUUUCUACCUGGAAUCAAGGCAGCUGUCAGCAUAUCUGGAAGCAGUUUUAAUUCUUUCGUUCCCUUGCGGGGGGCUGGCUUCACUAUUCCUGCCCACCCGUACGAUUUGCAGAAGAUGAAGACCAGUGAUGAGCCUGGCGUGGUGGAUUUCUCAGAUAUCCUGGUGGAUCACAGGGACCCAGCAACCUGGGAUUGUCGCAUUCCCUUGGAGAGGUCCUUGGCCAAGUUCCUCUUCCUGUCUGGGCUGGAUGACAGGAACUGGAAAAGUGACCUCUAUUGCCAAGACGCUGUCCAACGCCUUCAGCGGCAUGGGCGGGAAGCGGAGUUCUGCUCCUAUUCUGGAGCUGGGCACCUGUUGGAGCCACCAUACUUGCCCCUGUGCCAGGUUUCGGUCCACAAAGUACUUGGGAUGCUUGUGCAUUGGGGAGGGCAGUGGAGGGAGCAUGCCAAAGCCCAGGAAGAUGCAUGGCGCAGGAUACAGGCCUUUUUCUGGCAGCACUUGACGGACUCAGGUAUCCCAAGGAGCAGACUCUAGUGGAAGCUGUCAAAGGUGAUGACCUAUUUCAGCUCUCACCGAAUCUUGGAAGCUCACUGAAAGUUUCCUGGCCUGCUUUCCUCUAAACCCCAGUGUUGCAUAGUUGUUAAUUUUCAUUCCCCAAAUAUUUUUCCAGUUUUUAGUUGAAUUUUGUGUUGUUUUCUGCCCCCUGCUGCACUGUAGAUUGGCACCAUCUGACCUGCCCGUGUGCUGUAGUCAUCGGAGAAAACCUGGCAACCCAUCAUGCAAGAGUGCAUGUGUACUGAGCCAGCUGCACUGCCCUUCACCCUCCAAGCAUCUCCUCUGGUAG